GAGAGGCAAAACUAUGGCAAUAGUUGUGCCAAUUAUGCGGCACAACCACCACAACCACACCAACGCCAUCAUCAACAACACCCAUCCACACAAUCAUCAUCAGCAGCAGCACCGGUAGCCACUGAUGGCUCAAAGUCUGCGACUACACCUACUACUCCCACCACGAAAGACAAGGCGCGAAAAGCUACCAAACGGUUGUGUUUUAAGGGUGUGAGCACUGGUGGUAGUGGUGGUGAGGAACUGUCGCCCAUAAGCUCCGUGUCCUCAUCAGUGGACGCCUCCUCCACUCAUAAUUUUCCGUCGGAUAUCUCGGAAUCGGGCGAAACAGUCGGUUAUUCGUCGAGAAAUAUGGAGAACUCUUACGGCUAUUCGUGGCGCCGGUACUCCAAAACGGACGCCCCAUCCGUGAAUAAUAAGAUGUCGAGCGUACAGAUCGGAAAGACUAUUAAAUCCGAGCCCCACUCCCGGGUGUUUCAAUACAUAUUAGGAGCGCCGACAGCAUCGGGUGUCAAAUUAGGCUCAAUGACGAUGACAUACCUAAACCAGGGACAGCCCUACGAAAUCAGGCUUAAGAAGAUUUCCGAUAUUCCUAACUAUGAUGGCAAAAAUCUCAGGACAUCCAUGCGCUUAGGUUUCGUAGAGAAGAGACUGCAGUACAGGGAGACGGAAGAGAUGAUCAAUUGGUGUAAAAUGCACUCAAAGGACCGCAUAAUAGACGUGGACUUCGCCCUCAGUUACGGCGUUUUCGACGUCCAAAUCAAUAGUACAGCC